UUUUGUUUUGCUGCAGCUGAGUCACAGGUCUUCCCGUUAUCCGCUGCUCUAAGAACCAUCCGCACAGACUCUGGAUCAGCUUCAGACGGUCUGGAGUUAACAGACGGAGAGGUUAUUUUUCUCACCAUUGCCUGCUGGCCCCUUGAGAGUCAGAGAGGAUGUUAAUGAUGAUGAUGAUGAUGAAGAAGAAGGGUUCCAAGUCUCUGGCUGUGAUGGCUCUCCUUCUGGCCUCGGUCAGCUGCAGCCUUCCUCCGUCAGAAGAAGAUCUUAACCAGAUCUCACUGCAGGGAGAAAAGUAUCUGGAUAAACAGAUUGCAGCCGCCGUUAACGGGGUGAAGGAGAUGAAGAGCGUGAUGCAGAAAUCUUCAGAGGACCACCAGAGGUUUUUGGACACUCUGGAGAAGACCAAGGAGCAGAAGGAGGAGGCGUUACUUGUAGCUCAGGAGAUGGAGGCCAAGCUGGAGCAGCAGCAGGAGGUCUGUAACGAGACCAUGAGGGCUGCGUGGGAGGAGUGUAAGCCCUGCCUGAAGAACACCUGCGUCAAGUACUACUCCCGGACAUGCAGCAGCGGAUCGGGACUGGUGGGACGUCAGCUGGAGGAGGCGCUGAACAGAACGUCUCCCAUGUCCAUCUGGAUCAACGGGGAGAACGUAGACGUCCUGGAGCAAGAGGGGCAGCGUCAAAGCAACGAGUUCAAGAACCUGGAGGAAAAAUACACCGAGAUGGCGGACGGUGUGGACAGCAUAUUCUCCGACAGCAUGAAGGUGGCUGAUCAUCUGCACUACGAACCUCCAGCGUUCUAUUUUCCCAAUUUCCUGGGGCCGACCCGAAGCAUCCGCUCUCUCUUCCAAGAUCCCUUCCACGGCUUCCAGAACAUGUUCUCACCCAUGAUGGGCAUGGGCAGGAACCUCUUCAGCUCCAUGGGCUCCAUGAUGGACAUCAACUCAGACACGGCGCCUAAUGAAGAUGGCAGCGUGAACGAGGACGUGGUCAUCACCAAACCUUUUGGGGACGGCAGGAUGACCUGCAGAGAGAUCCGCCGCAACUCCGCCGGCUGCCUCCGAUUCCGCGAAGAGUGCCAGAAGUGCAAAGACAUGCAGCACAUCGAUUGCUCCGGGCGAAGACCUCUGGAGGGCCCCCUGAAGGAGGAGCUGGAGGAGGCGUUGGCCGCGGCCGAGCGCUUCUCUCAACAGUACAACGGCCUCCUGGAGACGUUCAAAAAGCAGAUGCUGGACACCUCGUCCAUCCUGGACCAGCUCAACAGGGAGUUUGGCUGGGUGUCGUCCCUCAACAACAAAACCACGGACGACGUCUUCCGCGUUCAGAUGGUCAACACCACAAACGCCGAUGAGAAAAGUCCCGCCGGAGAGACAAACGUGUCGGUGCAGCUCUUCGAUUCUCCGCCCGUGAAAUUCAGCGUGCCGAGCGACAUCGCCUGGAGCGACCCCAAGUUCUCCGAGGUGGUCGCCCAGGAGGCUCUGGACCGCUACAAGGAGUCCAGCGUUCUGGUCAAAUAAAGUCACAACAACCUGAAGACAACCUGCUGGUUCGGAGGCAAAUCCUCUUCAAGGCCUGCUUUUGCAAACAACUUAGUGUAACUCCACUAACAGCUUUAUAUUGUCCCAUUAGAGCUCCUUGUCCUGCUGUAAGAGAAGAUAUUCAGAUGAUGUAGAUCUAUAGUACCUUCAACACAAUGUGAGCUGGGCUUGGCCUCAAUACUUAAUUGUUUACUGCUUCUGUUCAAAAACGGAUGUAAUGUUCAAAACGUCUAAUAGUCUGAAAGGCUUUUCUUCUCAGCCCUUUUUAAAGCAUGACGAUUAAACUGAUCUUUGCUGCAGUUGCCGCAGUUAAACAAAACCCAAAUGUGGUUUGUUGCAAAGAUUUGUAGAAGACUAAAGUUUUAGGGUGCAGGAAUUUAAUUGGGUAAGAAUGAAAUAAAAACUUUGUUUUGAGAGUA